UUAUUACCCGGCCUGCUGACUGACUUCCAAAUGUGGUCUAUUAUCACCACCUCAUGUUUAUCAUCGCCAUAUGCAACAGUUAAUGAAUGGACGAUUUCGACAAGGCCAAACUAGAGCCCAAACAUAACAAAAGUGCACACUUGUUGGCCAUGUCAGAACAAGGCCUAAGCCCACCUAGGACAAUGCCCUAGUGGCGUAAGCUCUGUGACCCCUUUUUCCAGGUGAAACACAUGCCCGGUCAGCGCCCAAACUAACUUCGUUGAAAUCGUCCACAUUGAGGGUAACUUUAAAUCGGCAUGAAGAUACUUAUCUUAUUUCUGGUGUCAAAUAUUUCUAGGGUAAAUAUGAGUUUGCUGGAGAUGGUCAAUGGUGCUUUGGCGCCAAGGGUUCCAGAUCUUGUAAUCUUGACAGAGGAAGAAGAGAAUGACAAGCCACAAUGCAAACAGAAUGGGAGACGCACUGGAUUAGUCAAAGUCACAGACACAGAGGGUGAGAAUAGACUCAGUGAUUCCCCGGACCACCACAUUCAAGCCCCACCCCUCAAAGUCAGACCAUGGAGUGCAAGAAACUCGGAACGAAAAAACGUUGCAAAUGAUGAAAAUGGAUUGCAGAUGACUCGCAGCAAAACUAGUUUGGAUCCUUCUAGGCGAGGUUAUAGGAGUAAAAAGAAGGAGCGUCCCCAGACGAGAUCGUGGGCUGUGACAGAACUUGAGGGAAGUACUAGCGAAGAAGAAGAGGAAGAGGAAGAAGAAGAGCCAUCUGCUAGAAGUGCUGGUAACUAUGCGGAAAAAAAGCAGAAGUUUUCUGAGGCAAUGGAAGCCUGGAUUCAAGGUGACCCAUAUAACUCAGAUGAUUAUGAUACGGACCUAGAGCAGGAAGUAAUUGACAAGGGACCAGAACGAAAGCUGCGAGUGGAUGCAACAGGAGCUUAUCACUAUGUUGAACUGUGUGAAAAGAAAGGUGUUGUCCCUGUAUCAUACAUCAUCCGCCAUCUUGGUGACCGACGGUUACGGAUGCGGCAUCAUUACCUUGGCAACAAGGGAAUCAAAAUACUUUCAGAAGCAUUACAAGUCCAGAAUGAACUGGGAGAUGAGCGUAACACUGUGAUAGAGGCAUUAGACCUGUGUGAUAACUAUUUGGAUGAAGACGGUGCUAAGAACUUGGCCUUUAUGCUGAGGGAUAAUAUGUUUAUUACGAAUGUGGAUAUUUCGAUGAACUUUAUCAAACAUGUUGGAGCGUUAUCGAUAGCCGAUAUGCUGGACCACAAUACAACUUUGAAGACGAUGUCUCUAAGUGGUAACCAGCUUACAGAUAAAGAUGCCCGAGUCCUCGGCGAGGCUCUGAAGAAUAACGCCUCUCUAACCUGCCUCGAUCUUAGUCAUAACAAUUUUGGGGAGGCAGGCGGAGUGUAUUUAGCCGUGGGACUGGGAGCCAAUGAGGGACUGACAGACAUCGACUUGAGUUGGAACGCCAUACGACAGAAAGGAGCAGCAGCACUCGCCACGUCACUAAAGGCAAAUCGUUCAUUAGAGAUUCUAGACAUAUCGUGGAAUGGGAUGUCAUUACAUGGAUGUACACAACUAGCCAAAACGCUGAAGGUCAACACAACACUUAAAGUUUUAGACAUAAGUAAUAAUCGCCUCGGCACGCAAGCUGUCCAGAAACUCAGCAUAGGUCUGAAAUAUAACCAGGGCCUGGAAACGUUAUUGAUGAGUAUGAACCCAGCUGGUGAAGCCGGGAUGGAGGCACUGGUAAAAGCUCUGGCUGUGAAUGAUACUCUCAAAUUAUUGGCAAUCGAGGAUAUCACUCUGACGCCGAACAUCUAUCUAAAGAUCAAAGAACUGGAGGAGAAAAAGGAGAUGCUGAUUCUCCACGGUGGCCUCGGAGGGUACAGCAAGGCUAGGGCUCAUGCAACGGUGAUCAAACUGUUUGACCGAUUCAUCACGGACAACCGUCAGACUCUUGAGACGGUCUUCAAGCAUUUGGACAAGGAUGGGAGUGGAGAUGUGUCCAUCGAGGAGCUAAAACAGGGACUCAAAUUGCAGGGAUUACGCUUGACAAAUCGCAUGAUUGACUUGCUUCUAGAAGAAAUGGACACGGACAAGAGUGGAACAAUCGAGUACAGUGAGCUUCUGCAGGGCCAGGCGCUCUUCCACGAGAAGAUGAUGACGAUGGAAAAACAGGAGGAGAUGCUGAACCCCAAGAAGGAUAAGAUUGCUGCAACUAUUAGAGAAAAACGAACACUUAUGAGCAGGGUUCAGUUGGAUAGUGACUGAUAUUAUGACUAAUUAGUGACUAAUCAUUCAUCGAACAGGAGUUGAUGCUUAACCCUGACAGGGGAAAGAUUGUUGCAACUAUUCGAAAAAAACGGAUACCUAUGAGCAGGGUUCACUUGGAUAGUGACUGAUAUUAUGACUAAUUAGUGACUAAUCAUUCAUCGAACAGGAGUUGAUGCUUAACCCUGACAGGGGAAAGAUUGUUGCAACUAUUCGAAAAAAACGGAUACCUAUGAGCAGGGUUCAGUUGGAUAGUGACUGAUAUUAUGACUAAUUAGUGACUAAUCAUUCAUCGAACAGGAGUUGAUGCUUAACCCUGACAGGGGAAAGAUUGUUGCAACUAUUCGAAAAAAACGGAUACCUAUGAGCAGGGUUCAGUUGGAUAGUGACUGAUAUUAUGACUAAUUAGUGACUAAUCAUUCAUCGAACAGGAGUUGAUGCUUAACCCUGACAGGGGAAAGAUUGUUGCAACUAUUCGAAAAAAACGGAUACCUAUGAGCAGGGUUCAGUUGGAUAGUGACUGAUAUUGUGACUAAUUAGUGACUAAUCAUUCAUCAAACAGGAGUUGAUGCUGAACCCUGACAGGGGAAAGAUUGUUGCAACUAUUCGAAAAAAACGGAUACCUAUGAGCAGGGUUCACUUAGAUAGUGACUGAUAUUGUGACUAAUUAGUGACUAAUCAUUCAUCAAACAGGAGUUGAUGCUAAACCCUGACAGGGGAAAGAUUGUUGCAACUAUUAAAAAAAAAUGGAUACCUAUGAGCAGGGUUCAGUUGGAAAGUGACUGAUAUUGUGACUAAUUAGUGACUAAUCAUUCAUCAAACAGGAGUUGAUUGCUAAACCCUGACAGGGGAAAGAUUGUUGCAACUAUUCGAAAAAAACGGAUACGUAUGAGCAGGGUUCACUUGGAUAGUGACCCUAAUUAUGGCUAAUUAGUGACCAGAUGACUAAUUAGUGAUAAAUCAACCACGGGAAGAGAUACUGCACCCUGACUAGGAAAAGAUUGCUGCAACUAUAAGGGAAAAAGAAAACUUGUGAAAGGGGCACUUAUGAACAUUGUUCAGUUUGAUAGUGACUGAUAUUGUGACUAAUUAGUGAUAAAUCUACCACGGGAAGAGAUACUGCACCCUGACUAGGAAAAGAUUGCUGCAACUAUAAGGGAAAAAUAAAACUUGUGAAAGGGGCACUUAUGAACAUUGUUCAGUUUGAUAGUGACUGAUAUUGUGACUAAUUAGUGACUAUUUAUGACAAAUUAGUGACUAAUCAACUAUCAAACAGGAAUAGAUGUGCCACCUAGUGAAGGAGAAGUGACGAUGAGUAGAGUUCAUUCGGAUUGUGACUGAUAUUGUGACUAAUUACUCACCAAUAGUAAUUGUGACUAAUCAAUUCAAAUAGUCACUUAUUGGUCACUGCAAUUGUGGCUAUAAGCACAAAGUAGUCACAAAGCUGUCAUCCUCAUCUGCUUCUCUGUGCAUCUGUUAACAGUCAUUCUACAGGGUGAAACUACUUAGGAGAAUUUUGAGUCAAAAUCGACAACCCUUUAAGUACUUAGUAAGUGACUUGUGCAUUCCUGUACCUAUUUAUGUAGCCUAUUUAUUGACGUCGAGCUCUUCAUUCAUGUGUGUUGAUUUGUUUUCUUUGUGGCUAUCAUAAUAAAGAGGUAUACAUGUA